CAAAAAUUUAACUAUAUAAGUUGAAUUGGAGCACCAAAGAUCAUGUCAUUUUCUUAGAAACAUUUCAUAGGAAUAUACCUGAUAUCUAUAACCAAGCAAAUCAACUACAAACAUGAAGGUCUUUAUCUGUCUCUUGGUCCUUGCUGCAAGUGCUAACGCUGGAGUUCUUCUUGGAGAAAUUGCUAAUGGAGGUGGUGCUGGUGGAUACUCUUAUGGACCUGAGCAUGUCCAUAAUCAUCAAGUUAUAAAAGUUAUCCAUGAGCAGCCUGCUGUUCCUUCAGCAAUUAUUAAAGUAAGCCAUCAACAUAUCGAAGCUGCUCCUCAAGUUGUUCAAGUUAUUCACGAAAAUCAUGCUGCUGCUCCAGUUGUUCAUCAUGUUCAAUUGAUCCAUGACCAUUCAGGAGGAUACGCGCUUGGAGGAGCUGGUUAUGGUGGUGAUGUUAAGAUCAUUAAAGUUAUCCAAGAUAAUGGACAUCAUCAUCAUCAUGGAAGCCACGGAUGGGCCUAAAUGUUUUUGUUAGUUUGUUAGAAGAUUGUUAUUAGAUUUUUAAGUGAAGAAAUAUAAUUUUUGUUUAUAUGCCUAA